CAAAUUUUUUAGUUUGCAAGGGACCAGAUCAGCAAACUCAAUAGCAUAACAACAUCACAUGGAUUCAGAAGACGACGACUUCAUCAUCGACGAAUCAAUCCAGGCGGAUGGCGUUUCUGCAUCCAGGACAUUUUCUCUCGACAACCUCCCUGUGGAAUUCGUUGCAUUCCUGGCCAAGAACGAGAUCGACUCAGCCAUAUACACUGUUACAGAUCUUCCCAGAUAUGUGCGCCUAAACCCUGAUCCGCAUCUGACCAUUACACCCGAGGCACUGGAAAAGGAGCUCGGCACCAAAGUUGAACCUGUUCCUGGAUUGGAGGCUUUCUGCAGAUUGAGUGGACAUGUCAAAUUGAGAAAUACGCAGGCAUACAAGGAUGGUAGGAUAUUUGGGAUGGAUCUCAGUUCGGGGAUUGCGGUUUAUGCAUUGGAUAUUCAGCCAGGAGACCAUGUCCUCGACAUCUGUUGUGCUCCAGGUGCAAAGCUUUGCAUGAUUGCUGGGCUGUUGACCAACUCUGGACAUGUUCGCUCAGACCGAUUGCGGGACGGCAAUCAGCUCAGGAUGGAUAUCACAGGAACAGUGACAGGGAUCGACAUUUCACCCCAUCGAUUGUCAACAUGCAGAAGUUUGUUGAAACGCCACAAACUCCAGCAGUGCGCAAGGCUCUUCCAGGCAGAUGGCACGACGUUCGGGGUCAUGAGACCAAGCGCCAUCGACACUAUUCGGGCGAGGAUCAUGGCUGGCAAGAAGAGCAGCACUCAGGAGGGACAGAGCGCCCAACCAGCAAAAAGAUCGCUGAGAGAGGAUGGGCAAAAUGGGGAAGAAGCACAGGAGAGCAUGGCACAGGCUGCUCUGGAUGGUGAUGUAGGACACGAAGCGCUCCAGCAGUUCCACACUAACUAUUCCAUGGAUGAUGAGGGCUCGGUCAAACGACAAAAAGCAACCUUGGCAGCGCUGUCAUCGAUGUCUAGUCAGCAGGACGAGGGACAGGCGACAACCUUCAAUGGAACGGAAAUCGAAAGCAACCAGGAAAAACUGACUCCAUUCUAUGCGCCAAAGAUUCUUCGAAGCGACCCUCAACUCGGAGGUGAAGGAUACAAGUACGACAAAGUCAUAGUCGAUGCAGAAUGUACACAUGAUGGAUCGAUCGCUCAUAUUCUCAAAUACGAGGCAUGGGGCUGGGACAGUUUCCACAAGAACUUCAUGGCGCAGGACCGACUCGACUCACUGUCGGGUCUACAGAGGGGACUGUUGCUGAAUGGAUUCCGGUUGACGAAAGCAGGCGGGAUUGUUGUCUACUCCACCUGUUCGCUCUCGAGGGCACAAAAUGAAGAUAUUGUAGCAUGGUUCCUCGCAAAAAUGAGAGGAAGAGCCGUGUUGGAGCCUUUGCCAAAACAUGCACUCGGAAUCCCCACCGCCAGCUGUAAGAGACCAUGCCGCUCAAUAAUUGCCAGCGCUCUGGACCUUCAGUCCGAGGUAUCUGCUACUCAAGAAGGGUGGAGGGGAUCACCUGGACAGGAGGCCGAGAUGGAGCAAUUUCAAAAUCAUAUCAUGAACUUGUGCCUGAGAUACGAUCCCAUAGCGAGUAAUACGAGCGGGUUCUUUUUGGCCAGGAUACGGAAAAUUGCGUAA